GGCGGGAUGAGUAUCCCGUCGUUGCCCCCGGCCUGGCAGCUCUACCUCAAGGACCAUCGUGUCUCCACAUUUAAGAACUGGCCCUUCUUGGAGGGCUGCGCCUGCACCCCGGAGCGAAUGGCCGCGGCCGGCUUCAUCCACUGUCCAACUGAGAACGAGCCCGACUUGGCUCAGUGUUUCUUCUGCUUCAAGGAGUUGGAAGGCUGGGAGCCAGAUGACGACCCUAUAGAAGAACAUAAAAAGCAUUCAUCUGGUUGUGCUUUCCUUUCUGUCAAGAAGCAGUUUGAAGAAUUAACCCUCAGCGAAUUUUUAAAACUGGAUAAAGAAAGAGCCAAGAACAAAAUUGCAAAGGAAACCAACAAUAAACAGAAAGAAUUUGAAGAAACUGCAAAGAAAGUCCGCUGUGCCAUUGAGCAGCUAGCUGCCUCGGAGUGACGCC